AGCCAAAGAACGGAACGCGCGCAUCAUGGGGAGCGUAUGCACUGUGGCGCAGGCUACAAGCUAUUAGCACCCGAGGCGUUCGUGGGUUUAAAAAAAAGAUUCAAGAAAUAAACCGUGUAGUUUGUGCAAUAGAAGUAAAAGAAACUGCCUACGUGUCAUCGGCAGGAUUAAGGGAUGGAGUUCCCUGUGGACGUGUUGGAUUCAGUGAGGCAAGAGGAGGUGGAGCAGGCAGCAGAGGGCUACAUGAACCAGCUACGAUAUGUCAGCCCCGACAAGACCGAGAGCUUUACCCUGCCCAGCCACAGAAAGAUCAGUAUCGGUCUGUGUAACGUUGGUUUUGUUCCCAUCUAUGGAGGAGACCUGAAGCACAAGGUUAUGGCCCUGUUCUCCCCAGAUGAUCAGCUCACAGCGGUAGCUCUGUACCUGGCAGGACAGUGGUGGUCAGUAGAGGACAUCCUCAGAACCUCCGACUCCUCCAGAACUGGCCUGGUCAAGGUGAGGAGUCUUGGUGAGCGGCUCGUCCUGUACAUUCUGAACCGUAUCGUGUACCGCGUGGGUGAGAUGGACAAACCUGAGGUGCCCUUCCUGUGCCACGGCCAGCACGACUUCGCCAAGCUCCUCUGGAAGGACGGAAACGCUGUCGGGUUCUACUCAGUCAAACCCAGAGACAGCUUGUGUAAUAACUUUGUGACCCAGCGCUACCAGCUUCCUGUCAUGGACUCCAUAUUUGUCAGGAAGUGUCACCGUGGAAACGGCCAUGGCCUGCAGAUGCUGGAGGACUUUGUGGACUCUUUCAAAGACAACCAGCUUGGCCUGAAGUACCCUCUCUCUCUAACCAUGUAUAAAGUGUGUGGCCGGUACCUGUGUCGGUACCCAGCUGACCAGGAUCUGCUGUGGGUGGUAGAGGGAGUGGGAGGACCUUACCAAAGAGAGAAUGUGGCCAGCAAGAUGAAAGCCCUAGCACUGAAAGCGGUGCUCCACGCGGUGACUUCUAACGGAGACCGACGAGCAGCCUCCCUGGACCACACAGACGUCAGCAUGGAGGAGGACAACUUUCUGGACAUCACCGAGGAUGUUUUGGUGGUAAAUACUCCCCUGAAGUUAAUAGAAGCGCUGGAUGGCUCACCCGUGUCAACGCGUAGCAGGAGUAGCGGACAUAAAAAGCGUGGCAGAGAAGAGACGGAAGACUCCACGGAGGAGAGCCAGCCUCUGAAGAUGAACAGAAUGGUGGAUGCAAAGUCCGAGCCCACCAACACGGCUGUAGAGGACGGAGGACAGGAGGAGGCGGAAGGAAGAGAGGGGGAGGAGUCUGGAGAGGCAGAGGCUGCUGUGGCCCAGGAGGAGGAGGAGACGGCGACGACCAAAGCUCAGAUUCAGACAUGGGAAAAACAGAUAGUCAAGAUGAACGGAGAACUGACUGAUGGCCAGAGGGAGGAGGUAAAGGAUGGAGUGGAGGUGGAGGGAGAGGCUGUACUGGAGAAUAGAACGACAGAGGAAGACGUGGAGGAGGCGGCAGCAAAGGAGGAAGAGUCCAUCGAGGCUGAAGACAUAUUAGAAGCAGCUCCUGUGGCGCCAGAGGGGUUGGCUGAAGCUGUGGAGGAGCAGGAUCCUCUCCCGUUAGUAGACGGUCCAGCGUCUGUUUCAGAGGAGGCCCCCUCACCUGCAGAACCAUCCCCAGCAGAGCCCUCACUCUCUGGGGAUGUGCGUGAGGAGGCUACACCCAUGGAAGAAGGAGAGGAGGACACUGUAGUAGCAACUCCUGUGGCGUCGGAGGGGUUGGCUGUGGUGGAGGAGGAGGCUCCUCUCCCGUUAGUAAAAGAGCCGGCCUCCGCUCCAGAGGAGGCCCCCUCGCCCGUGGAAGGAGAGGAGGUAAAGAGAGAAGAGGUGGAGGAGAGCACAAUGGAGGAACCAGAAGCGAAGAAGAAAUCGGUGGAGGUCAUAGCGGUGGACCGCAGUAGCCAGGAAACGGUGGUCCAGGUGCUGGGAGGAGACCUGUCCUACCAGCCUCUGGAGGAAGGAGAGGAGGAGGAGGUGGCGAAGGAAGAGGUCCUGGUCGCGAAUGAGGAAAAUAAAGGGGUAGAGGAGAUGGAGAAUGCUACGACUACAGAGAAGUUUGAGGAGGGAAGUGAGAGCUCCGACGAGGGAGGCAAGGGUCAGGCCCUUUGGAGGAGAGUUGGGGGCAGUGGCCCGGCGGCGCCUGAACGUAAAUCUAAGAGACUCAUCGAGCAGCCAGAGGUCACAGUGGAAGAGGAGGAGAAAGCUACAACUACAGAGGAGGAGGAAGAAGAGGCUGUAGAGAAGAGUUGGGCUGAGGAAGAGGUGGAGGAAGAGGAGCAGCCACAAGUGAUUGACCAGAGGGCAUUGAGAAGGAAGAGCCGACCGGUCCAGACUCCAAAUAAAGCCAGAGGGAAACGACACGGCAAGAUCUAAGAACACCAGGCAUGCACAACACACACACACACACACACACACACACACACACACACACACACACACGGGGAUGUUUUCUGUCUGGUUUUAGGGUUUGUAAGGGGUCUAAAGUUUACUUGUAUUAUCUCAGUAUGAUGUUUAGAUGCAUUUACUUUAGGUAGUUCAUUUAUCUUUACAGAAAACGACAAAGAAAGUGUUUGUACAGGAAAACGCAGCACUCGCUGUUGUAAUUCGUCAAUGUGAAGUCUUUUAAUGUUGUUCAUAUGUCAUUGUAAUCUUGUUUUUACUGCCUUGUUCUAUAGGACUGACAUUGAGUUUAACAGGUCUGUUGUGGUUUGAAUGUGAUUGUCACUCAAAGAUUUUCACGGUCAAACCCAGUUCCAUGUUCUCCUAUAGCCUGGUCCCAUACUCGUCUUGACGUGCCACUGUUAUAUUUAUAGUCGUUACAAUAUUUAAAUAGUUUUGGUCGAAAGGCACCUCUUUAGUUUAGUUCUUGCAGGAGGUAUUUUCUAAAAAAAGUCAUUUAAAGUUCUGUUCCAAUGAAAGCCAGCAAGACCAAUUAGCUUCCGAAGACCAGUUUUGCUAAUAAACCUUUUUUUUAUGACUAUAUGGAACUCUUAAGGAAGGAAACUUUGAAAGAAUGCCUUCAGUUUUCUCCGUGGUGCACGCCACCUAGCUAUCGUAUCUCUUGGAGUGAUGAAAUGAUAUUUUCCGAUGCGCCUUUCGAAAAGCUGUGAAUGAACGUCAAAUCAUGAUCUUCAGGUUGCACGGCAUGUACUCGCGCACAUGCACACACAUGCAUAUUGAUAUGUACACACAGAUACUACAGUGAAUAUAUCCAUAGAAUGUGUUUUGAAUAGGAACAAUCGAUUUGGACAUUAUUGGUCUUUAAUUUAGGAAUAAAAUAAAACGUUUCUGAUAUCCUAAUUGUCUUUCCCAUUCAUAAUUUAAGAUGCCGAUUUAUACUUUGUAAUAUAAUUCAUGGCGUGUUUAAUUGCAAUUGGAUAAAAUAUGUAUAUUACAAUAGAUUAUUACAACUAGAUUAUACCAGAAUUUUGAAGUAACUGAGUUUAUGUACCAUCGAUAUUUUUGAUAUAAACAUUUUGUAAAAUGACAACUUUCACUAUUGGGAGAAAAAAAAGUUGCAACCCAAAUUCCGUUAAUACAAUGUGAAUCGUAUGCUGUCAUUGAGUGUUGAUUCACUAGUAGAGGGCACAUUGAUCCAAAGACGUGAAGCAGAAUGCAUCAAAUGGGCUAUUGACCUAUAACCAUGGUACAACAAUCUAUAGAACCUUAACUAGGGCCGUCUUCACUAGGCACCAAACGGACGACCUGAACUUGUUCGAUAAAAUGUAAAAAACACUCCGCUGUGCACUAAUGAAUAUGACCCGUGCUAAAGGAUUGGAUGGUGCUCCCCAGCGUUUACGAGAUGGUUCUAGGCAGUUGCAUUGACUGUAAAGGUGUUUUCCCUCUGUAUGGAAGGAAACCUGUUCUAGCCUUGGCAGAUCGUGUCAAUGCAACUGUUUGAUGUAAACCGUAGACGUGUAUAUAAUUAGUAAUUGACUUGAAAUAGGGUCUCCCCAUUCUAGUAAUUAUGUUUCUAUAAUGUAAACCUUGAUGUCAGAAUGUCAGUCUCACAGAUGGUGUUUUGGGCGACAUGAGUUUUUGGUUUCUCCCUAGUACAAAAAAAAAUUAUCACCAACGCUGCCUCUGUUAAUCUAAUUGCCUUCAUAACAUCUAUUGUAAAAGGCAGAAAUAUAUCAAUUUUUGUAUGACUGAUGUGUGUUCGCUGUGUCCGGGAUAUGUCACAUACAAUGAGCUACAGCGUACAACACCUGGUGGAGCGGCUUCCUCUCCCUAAUCUGCACUGGUCUGAGAACUAGGGGUAAGUGAAGGCAAUGUGGCAGAAACCUACCAGGGGAUUUUGCUUUCACCUCUCCACUUCUAGAUCAGUGCAGGGGAAGGAAAGGAGGCGAGGAGAGGAUGCCACUCUGUACUCUUGAGAUGCUCACCAUGUGGUUGUUGCUGAAAUACCUGUUCUUUCAACCACUGCUAUACUUGUGGAUGGGUUCCAUUAGGUCUUGUUGCUACUCUAUUCUGGUUCCCCCAAAGUGUUUUAAAGGCUUAUUGUGACGCCAUGAAACUGAUGUACAGAAUACUCCACAGCCAUGUUAGUUCUGUUCGUUUUCUGUUGGAAUGUGUUCUAGAUAUGCUGCAACAGCAGAGGGAGCCAGAGUAGGUGUCGUUGAGCUGCGGCGUCGAGUAUAGUAUAUUGCCUGUCUUGACCCUGUUGUAGCGUUUUCAGAUGUGGGUUGAAAAUGGAAGUCCACCACUUGGUGGCACUCACAUUCUGCCACAUUCGGCUGCUGUGGUUCCCUCUGUGUCUUGUGGUUUUGUACAUGCAUGCUUCGUAGAUAUGUCUGACUGGGUUUGUGCUGGUGCUCUCCAAAAAUGAAGGCUGGCUUGCCCCAGGGGCCGUGUUCAGUAGGGUGCAACGUCAGAAAUGGUUUGUUAGCCAGGUAUUUGCAACGUUCAGAACAUUGCACCUUCCUGAAUGUACCUCGUACUACUCUAAAUCAGGCAUCCUUAUUGGCCUCGUUUGCAACCAAUAGACUUUAGACAGUCCUGAAUGGUAAAUGAUGCCCUAUAUAGUGCACGCUUUUGACCAAAGCCCUAUUGGCACUGGUCAAAGGGAGUACAGGGUGCCCUUUAGGGUGGUGUUCUGUUGAUUUAGUUUGCACUGUAACGUGUACGGUUUGUGGUUGGAGAGAUUAACCAUUUCACCGCUGACACCUAUGUUUAGUCACAGGUACUAUCAGGGUCUCAAUUCAGGAGAUGAAUCCACAUUUGAAUUGGAAAGAUGUCGAUUUCAAAAGAAAGAUGUGUGCCUUUUUUUGAAUGGUCCCUGCCUGUGUAAGGGACCCCCCCCCCCCCCCCAAUGAGUUUUACAUGUGAUGUUAUAAUCACUAUGAUUUCAAAUCACCUGAAUUCGCUGAGUUAUAAUAGAUUACAACUCAUUCCUGCAUCUUGUCACUUCCACAUAAUCUGCCUCUUGUGAUGUUACUGGACCUGUUGGUUUCUCAGCUGUAUUAUCACAGGCUACUCUUCAUCUUAUAUCUUGCAGAACAUAUUUCAAUUUAUGAUUUCCUUCUUAAUAAAAAAUUUAAAGUUUUUCUGAAAUUACACUUUGGAUUUCCUCGGUGUGUAUCUAGUAGCCAGAGUGGCUUGACUGUGAAAUCUCAGACUGGCAAACACUUACCUUUUCCCCCGUUUAGUUUUUUUAUCGAAGGCGUGCAUCAUUUGAUUGUAUCUGUAUAUCAAGUAAACCUUGUAGAGUGGCCUGUGUAAAAUAAAAAAUGUGUGUGCCAGA